AUGAUUUACUCCUUUUCUAUAUUCGACAGACAUUGUAACUGUAUUUACAAUCGAAGGUAUAUUCAUGAUGGUCCACUUUUGACACAAUCAAAGCCAUCAUCUGUCAAUUUGAAGAACUCAAUUGGUGAUCCUCUCGGAGUUUCAAUCACCAGUCUUCCGCCAGACAACGGUUCUGGUGAUAACUUUUCCCCACUAGGGAUUACCACUAAGUCUAAGGAGAGUGGCUCAUCAAGUGCCAUCAAUGGUCCCAUCCCCGGCUACAUUAAUAAGUACAAUGAUUCCAAUGCGAGUAAAUUACUUUUCGGGAUCAUGUACUCGUUGAAGAACAUUACUGCCAAGUUAGGAGAUCUGGCUAGUCUUUUUAAUACUUUGAAAUCAUUCUCGACAGAGAACUUUAGGGUACAUUUUAUGGAAUCAGCAACAGGUCUCAAGUUUGUGUUGGCAACGGACAACGAGGUGGAUAAUUUACAGCAUAUUUUGAAAGAACUUUACACUAAUUACUACUUAAACCAUGUCGUUUAUAACGCACUCAGUCCAGUCGAAUUUGGCACGGAUGCCAAUGAACAUGGAAAGAUUAGUAAUAGCGAUUUUAUUAAUGCCACAGAUUCAUUUUUAACUUCACUUUCAGUGUUUAAAUGA